AUGUCUACAGAAAUCUCUGCAGCAGAUGGUGGCAAUCUACCUCAAUCUGGAUUCACAUCUUUCCUCAUGGCCGUUUCGAUGAUUGGUGUCUCUGAAAUAGGUGAUAAAACCUUCUUAAUCGCUGCAUUAAUGGCCAUGCGUCAUACUAGAUGGCUUGUUUUUUCAUCGGCAGCAUCUUCACUAGCCAUUAUGACAGUAUUAUCAGGGCUGGUUGGACACACAUUUGUUUCUAUCAUAUCGGAACGUUAUACCCGUUUUCUGGCGGGUAUGUUAUUCUUAAUCUUCGGUUAUAAAUUGACAUUGGAAGGGCUUGAAAUGUCAAAGGAUGCUGGUGUUGAAGAUGAAUUAGCUGAAGUGGAGGAAGAAAUUGCAGUCAAUGACUUGAAUACCAAUGCUACAGACUUAGAAAGUGGUGUGGUCGUAGAGAAAAAUCGUUUUAAAAGUAUUAAAGAUUGGAAAGAUGCGUUGACGCUAGUAACACAAAAAUUAUCCGUACUAUUCUCUCCAAUUUGGAUUCAAAUCUUCUCGAUGGUUUUUCUAGGUGAGUUUGGUGAUCGUUCUCAAAUUAGUAUCAUUGCUAUGGCUUCUGACAGCAAUUAUUGGUAUGUGAUCUUUGGUGCGGUUGUAGGUCAUUUUAUUUGUACUGGAGUUGCAGUGGUCGGUGGUAAAUUUUUAGCUACAAAAAUUAGUAUGAGAACGGUUACAUUAGGUGGUGCCUUCUCUUUCUUUAUCUUUGCCAUUCACUAUAUUUAUGAGGCAUUCCAAACGGACUAA